CGACUUGCACGUUUACUAGGCGUUCAUACUCAAACUCGACCUGUAAUAAUUUCUGCUCUUUGGCAGUAUAUAAAAACUCACAAACUUCAGGAUAGUCAUGAAAGAGAAUUCAUAAACUGUGACAAAUAUUUAGAACAAAUAUUUGCUUGUCCUCGUAUGAAGUUCGCUGAAAUACCUCAACGCUUGAAUCCUCUUCUUCAUCCACCAGAUCCAAUUGUUAUUAACCAUGUUAUUAGUGUAGAAGGGACCGAAACAAAACAAACUGCUUGUUACGAUAUUGAUGUUGAAGUUGAUGAUACUUUAAAAACUCAAAUGAAUAAUUUCUUAUUAUCUACAGCAAGUCAACAAGAAAUACAAAGCUUAGAUAAUAAAAUUCACGAAACAGUUGAAACAAUAAAUCAACUGAAAACAAACCGAGAAUUCUUCUUAAGUUUUGCUAAAGAU